AUGUAUCGUAGUAAAUUAUUAGGAGAUUUAAGAGAUGAUGUUAGGAGCCCUGUAUAUCCCAACAGGCUGAUUUUGAAGACAACCCAAAGGCGAAAUAAAAGCAAAGUCGAUUUAGACGCCCUAAGAACAAUGGGAGCAGAAGAAAUCAGAGAAUUGCUAAGGCAGGAAAAUGUAAAAUUUAAAGAAAGCGAAAAAUCCAAUAUUUUUCUGAAUACGAGAGAUGUUUCGCACCUGAAAGACAAGUUAAAAAGAAAUUCUUCAACUACUUUGCCAGCACUUCCGUCAGAUAUUGAUCAUUUAAAAAAAUUAAUGGAAUCAACUGAUUUCAUGGCUUCGCCUAUUCUGUCUCCUCACGAAGUGAAUUCUCCUAAUCAUUGCAUUAGAGAAAACUGCCUGGAUUUUGUAAUUGAGAAAAAGCUUAGGCAUCCUCUAAAAUCAAGAGGCUCAAAUUCAAUGGUAAACUUUGACUUUAAUUCACAAUUAAAUUCAAAUAUACCAGAAACUCCAGAAUGGUUUGACUUGGGAAAUCCCUCAGGCCGACAAGAAGUCCUAAUGCUCAGAGACUGAUAUGAAAAAAUGAAUAAAACCUAUGAUGACCCUGACCAAGUAGAAAUGGUUUUUUCUAUGUGCUGCAAAGAAAUGAUCCGGCAAGUAACUGUUCAAUGCAAAGAAAGAGGCGACCUCUUAAAAGAGCUGCUCUCAAAAGAACCAGGCGUUUAUAUGAAAAAAGAAGAAAAAAUGCUUAAUUAUGUGAAAGAAAUUGAAGAAAAGCACAACAAAGAAAUAGAAGAAAUGCAAAAUUUACAGCAGAAAGCAGCUGAAGAUCAUAAUAAGGAAAGCUUGGAAUGAAAAAGCAGCCUUAAAAUUAAAGAUGACAUUAUUAAUAAGCUCAAAGGUGAUAUAAGAGUGUACAAGCUACGAUGGAAAGAUUCAAUUAGAUCUUUUAAUGAACAACAAGAGUUGUGGAAUAAAAAAUUCAAUGAAAUGGCAAAAUUCAGUAAAAAGCAUAGCAUGAAAACUGCCGGGAAAGACCAAAAUACACCAAUUUCUGUUGUGAAUUGGAGGCAAAAUGCAAGGAGAAGGACUAAUAUUAGAAAAACUUUAAUGAAUAUGGCCAAAGACAAUAGUCCAAAAAAAGACCCUACAGUCUCAGAAAAAGCAUUUGAUGGAGAACAACCCGUAAAACAUGAAAAUCUAGAAAAUAAAGAAACACCACAAGAGCAAAAUGUGGCUGGAAAUAACAUAAAUGAUAAAGAAACACAAGUAGAGUUCGAGGAACUUCUUUAUGAAAUCAUGAAUGAUCAGUCUGCCAUUAUGGAGGAAACUGAUAAAGAAAUCUUUUAUAGCUCAAAUAUAAAAAUACACGUUCUAGCCCAUGAAAUGUCGUUUCGGAACAGUAUUGAGCCGCUAUUAGACCCUACUGAAAAAAUAAUGGCUAGGUCUUCUACAAUGGUUGGGGAAAACCCUCUCCCUCAACAAAGCGAAGUUUCCUCUGAAAUUUCUUUUACUGACAGCCAUGCAUCUGGCCCAACAGAGCUAAAAAAGCAGUUCACAAACCAAGUCGUAAUGAUCAAGGAAGCAAAAACUAUCGAAGAGCUUGAUAAUACCUUAGAAAACAAUAAUAUCCCCAGUGAAAAAAAUGCAGAGCAUGACGCUGAAAGCAUAGUUGACCAAAGCAUGGUGUCAAAUAUUUCUAUUAUCACUGAGCAUAAUAUUUUUCAAAGCGGGCUAGGAACACCUCACCAUAGAGUUGGGUCAUUCGGAGUAAGAUAUCAGACGAUGGCUUCUGAGGACCUUGAAAUGUUUGAUAAUGAAAAACUCUAUCAAUCCAAAAUGGAAGAGCUUGGGAAACUUGAUAAAGAAAUUGAGCUGAGAAAGCAAUUCCUCGAGAAAAUGAACAAAGAUAUAGAAAUGAAGAAACAAAACGUUGUGCAGUCACUUUUAUCUCCUCUAAAAGAAGUAAAAAGAAGAUCUAUUUCAGUCAUUCCAAAAAUCCCUGAAAGCCUAUCUAAUAUUUCUAUUCAAAGUUUUGCUGAUCUUGACCUUGAAACUAUAAGAACUCUGAUCCCUGAUGAUGGAAACAAAAACUCUUGGAAAGAUGGGUUUCUGUCUGGCAUCGAAUUUGGGAAGUCCCAAGGGUUUACAGUUGGAGAAAACCUUGGCAAAGAAGAAGGACAAAUCGAAGGCUACGUCAAAGCUCUCAACGAGAAAACCAUAUCAGAAUCAUACUUUUCGUCAGAGUCUGAGUACUCAGAAGACGAAGAAUCAAAUAUAACCAAAGAAAUCCCUCCAAUAGAAAUCCCAGAAGGCAGAAGCAGAAGGUCUGAAGAUUUUUCCCGCAGAUCGUCUAGCUCUAUAUGGAAAUCCCAGAAAUCAUUUAACGGCAGCAGAGACAAAAAAUUUUAUAAAGAAACCACAAAAUUCGAUGAAUUUAAUUUCCAUCAUCCAGUCAGCCACGCAGCAGCUCACAAAAAGUCCCAUUAUGUUUUUAGUCUUUUUGGAAAAAUGAUGUCAAAAAGCCUUGAAAAGGUCAAAAAAAGGUCAUCAAUGAGUUUCAGGCUAGUUAAUAAAUUGUUAGCAUCGAUAUAUCAAGUGGCUUUUCAAAAGUUUAAAGCUGAUGAAACAUUUGAACUUUUGGAGUUAGCAUAUGAUGAGUUUGACCAACGGUAUAAGUUGAAGACUGUUUGCGAUAAAAAAUUUUUGGAUUUUAUGGCAUCGCUGUUUGUGUAUGCUGAGCAAGCUAGAUCUGAAGUAUUUUUACGAUUUUUAGAAUGUGGUGACUACAUAAAGAAAGGAAACUACAGCCGAGUCAGCCUUUCCUUAUAUCUGAAUUGCUUACAUCACAUGCUGACUUCUAAAGUUGGGAUUAUGACCUGGUAUGAAGAAAGCGCUGAACACAAUAUGUUCCCGAUAAAUAGGGCUUAUGAAUGCAUCAAGGAAAAACUUGAUUUUUUCGAAAGAAGUGCGAUUCAAAAAAUCCAAGCUGAGGUAGACUCUAAAAAUAAGCCAGAUCCUAAACGCAUAAAUGCGUGUGGGCUAAUUGAUCUUGAAAUAUUUUUGCAAAUAAUUGUUGAUCACUAUGAAGAUUUUCAGAAAAAAAUAGAAGACGGGAUUGAGAUGCUGGUAAAGGCAGUUGGAUAUGGCAUGGAUGGAUCCAUUUCUAAAUCGAUGCUAUUUAUUUUGAUUAGACACAUUCUUAAACAAAAAAUCCCUAUACCUGCCAAAGAUGAAGAGAUUGAUUAUGAAAGCUCAAAACUAAAAGAUCUUGCAGCUCUAUUACAGAACGAAACAGUAAUGUUAGAAGAGCUUGUAUUGAAAUGCAUUGAUAAUAAUUUAUUUUCACUGCAAGAUGUAAGGCUAUUUUACAGCAGCCCACCUGGCUUUACAUAUGAUAAUGCGAGAGAAAAAAUAUUAGUUGAAAAAGAAAAUCUAUUGAACAUUAUCUCAGUUAUGAAAAAUAAAGAAAAUAAAAAGUGGAAAAGUCUGCCAGAAGAGGAGUGGGAAGAGCGGCUAAGGGCUUGUGAGCUAGGUAUGAAUGCAAAAGAUUUCGAGCUUUCGAUGCUAGCAUGGUCAAUUUAUAAAGUCGAGCUUAAAAGAAUUGAAAACGAAUACCUGAAAGCAGUUGAGAAUUAA